UCCGUAUCUUACAAUGCACCCCCAUUCUCUCCUCUUCGCUUCUCUCGGAGCUUGCACUUCGCUUCACCAGGUCCUAACUCCACAAAUUUUCGAUUUUUCUUUCUAUGAAAUCAAAGAUUUCAGUCCAGGAACAACUCCUUAUAGAUUCGAAGCUUGUUUCAUCGUACUUCUCAGUUGCCUUUUUGCAGCUAGAAAUUUAGUUCUAUUUCGGUCCUUCUAAGCAUAAAAUAUUGCUUAUUUCUUCCAAACCCUGUCAAUUUCCACGGUUUCCAGUGUCUUCCAUCCACCACCUCUCUUCCUCCCCUCUUCUCCUACCAAAUCUCUUCAGUUUCGUCAUAAAGCUGCAAUCUUGCUGCAAAAAAUCCAUCCUUUAAGAGUUCUGAAACCAGAUUCUCAUGCAGAGAGAGGAAAGAGGGAUUAUAGAUUACAGAUCUGCUAAGCUUUGAAGCUCAUGGGGAACGCAUGUAUUGGCCCAGGCUUCUCCAAGAACGGAAUCCUGCAAUCCUUUUCUGCAACAUGUUGGCCUCCACAAGCCCCAGUUGAUGCCCUACCCCCAAUAAAAACCGGUGAUUCUGCAAAGGAGACAUCUUUACCAACUGAAAAGAGACCUCCGGAGCAGGUUAAGAUCCAAGAAGCCAGCUUUCCAGAAUCUGAGUCAAAGCUUCCGUCUGAUCAGUCACCUAAGAAGCCCAAGAGAGUCUCAACUGCUGGUCUUCACAACUCCAUUCUGCAUCGAAAAACUCAGAGCUUGAAGGAGAUUUACAGCUUAGAUAAGAAAAUUGGGCAAGGACAGUUUGGAACCACAUACUUGUGUGUGGAGAAGGUUACAGGGAAACAAUAUGCCUGCAAAUCUAUAGCCAAGAGGAAAUUGAGCACCGAGGAGGAUGUGGAGGAUUUGAAGAGGGAGAUUCAGAUAAUGCAUCACUUAGCCGGCCAUCCGAAUGUUAUUUCAAUCAAGGGAGCUUAUGAAGAUGCUGUGGCUGUUCAUGUUGUGAUGGAUCUGUGUGCUGGGGGUGAGUUGUUUGAUAGGAUAAUUCAGAAGGGGCAUUAUACAGAGAGAAAGGCUGCAGAGCUUACAAGGGUGAUUGUGGGAGUUGUGAAGGCUUGCCAUUCUCUAGGGGUUAUGCAUAGGGAUCUGAAACCAGAGAAUUUUCUUUUUGUUGAUCAGUCUGAGGAGGCUCAUCUCAAGACAAUCGACUUCGGGCUUUCGAUAUUUUUCAAACCUGGGGACAUGUUCUCCGAUGUGGUUGGUAGUCCUUACUAUGUAGCGCCAGAAGUCCUUAGAAAGAGGUAUGGUACUGAGGCAGAUAUUUGGAGUGCCGGGGUGAUUGUUUAUAUCCUUCUUAGUGGUGUCCCUCCUUUUUGGGCAGAGUCCGAGGAAGGCAUCUUUGAUGAGGUUUUGCAUGGUGAUCUAGACUUUGAGUCUGAUCCAUGGCCUAGCAUCUCAAAUAGCGCCAAGGACCUAGUGAAGAAAAUGCUUGAAAGAGAUCCUAAAAGGAGGUUGACAGCACAUGAAGUUUUGUGCCAUCCAUGGGUUCAGGUUGAUGGUGUUGCUCUCGACAAGCCGCUAGAUUCCGCAGUCUUAUCUCGCAUGAAACAAUUCUCUGCGAUGAAUAAGCUCAAGAGGAUAGCCUUGAGAAGAGCCUUUCUGAGGAUGAAAUUUCAGGCCUCAAGGAAAUGUUCAAGAUGAUAGAUGCUGACAAUAGUGGACAUAUAACUUUUAAAGAACUCAAAGUUGGAUUAGAAAGAGUAGCUACAAACCUCAGGGA